GUUUAAUCGUUUAAUUAAGUUUAUAAAAGUCGUAAAUUAUCAAAAACGUUCCUAAGUGUAAUAAUUAUGGUUACUUUAUACCACAGAAAAGGCCCAGAAUAACUUCAUUAUAGAUCUGAUUAAUUUUUUACAGACGCAAAGUUUACAUAACCUCACAAAAAUGGAAUGCUUGUCCGAUACUUCCGACACUAGUGCAACCAGUUUUGAGCGAGGCCGGAAGCCAGUGGAUGUAAAAAGACCAGUCUUGCUUGUCCGCUACCCAAAAAUCGAAUUAUUUCCAUCUAGAAGUGAUAUUGAGCGAUUAACUGCUAUGGGUUAUGGAUUCACUCCAGAACCUGCAGUGUUUGGCCUCAAUUGGACAAUUGAUCAGAUUAAUGAACACAUCUAUUCGUUAUACCCCGACGUUCCUUUGCAGACUAUCGGUUUCAAAAUGGGCAAAUGUGACCGAACAAAAAAAGUGUUCAUUCUAAAACCUGUUGAAAAUACAAAAGAACUAAAAGAGGAGCUGGGUAAUAGUAAACUAAUCAUUCUACCAAACGAGGAACUUCCUGAGAGACCAAUUAUGCACAAGAAGGAUGAAGACAGUGAUGAGGAUAACACAUCUCUUACAAGAAGAAGGGAGAGGAGAACUUUAAACAGGUACAAGUUGAGUGAAGAUGACGAGGAUUACGAGGUCAUAAUUGAGAAUGGACAAACCCCUAAAACAAAGGAAACCAACGAAGAACAUGAGGAGUAUUCCGUUGAGAAAAUUCUCGAUAAGCGGACGCUUAAUGGAAAAGUCGAGUAUCUUCUAAAAUGGAAGGGAUAUUCCGAACAAGACAAUACUUGGGAACCUGAGGAGAAUUUGGACUGUCCUGACUUAAUAGCCGCCUAUGAGGCGCAGUUUGAAGUCACACCUAAAGCGGACCCUGAAGAGAAUGAAAAAGACAGUAAAAGAAAAAAUAUUACGGAGGAUAAUCGGGCGCGCGGAUUUGAGCGUGGCCUCGAGCCUGAAAGGAUUGUUGGUGCUACUGAUGCCAGUGGAGAGCUUAUGUUUCUAAUGAUGUGGAAAAAUUGCAAAGAAGCGGAUUUGGUACCAGCGAGUCAGGUCAGCGUGAGGUGUCCCGAGGUCGUUAUUAAUUAUUACGAGAAUAAAGAAUUGUGGUUUUGUAAACAGAGCGUCAUCGAGAUUGAUUAAAACAAAUAAAGUAGUAUUUCGUAA